AUUCACUCAUUUUGUUUACCGCUCUGUUCUUUGUUGUUGUGACGUAAGUUUGCUUGCUCAUUCGUGAUUUAGGAAGAAGUAUAUAUUGACUCCUCUUCUCUUUUUCUUUUCUAUUUCUCUUCCUAGCCCUCAACUACAAAAGCUUGCUAGAAGUACACACAACCACCAGAAACUCAACCAACCACAACCAUGAUCCUCGAAGACCUCCUUUCCCUUCUCUUGCGCAUCGGCGAGUUGGCCUUCACAGCCGUCGUAGCAGGUCUCACGGGCGAAUACCUGCACAACACCCGCAGCGCUUCAGCAUGGAGCCGAAAGCGCUUCAUCUACACCGAAGUCAUCGCCGCCAUCGGCAUCCUCUUCUCGCUCCUCUUCCUGCUCCCAUUCAUGGCUAGCUUCGUGCACUGGCCCAUGGACUUCCUGCUCUUCGCUGGUCUCAUGAUCGCUUUUGGCCUUCUUGCUCACUAUAUCUCCCCAUCCUGCGGCAGCAUCUGGAACUGGCACGGCAUCGCAAACGGCGGCUCAUGCGACAAGUUCAAGGCCGACCUUGCGUUCUUGUUCAUGGGUUCUAUCUUCUUCCUUGCUUCGGCGCUGCUCGGUCUUUAUGUUAUGCAUAAGUAUCGUGCGCGUGCGGAUGCGGGUGCUAGACGUGGGUGGUAUCGUAGAAGGGCUAGGGUUUAGAGGUCGUUUGUGAGGAAGCGAUACGAGGGGAGCGGGUUGGAGGUGGUGUAAUACCGAG